AUUUUCUUUGAAAGAGAAACAAAAUGGAAAACUCAGCAGGUGUCAGCCUGUCUUUUUCAGUUUUUCUCUCUCCCCCGAACUCCUCGCCUUCUCUUUUCUCUCCCCUCCACCUCUUCCCCUCUUCUUCUUCUUCUUCCCCUGCAUUCCCAUUUCAAUACUUUCAAUCAAAUUCUGCUUCCAUAUUUCACUGCAAGAUUCAUUACUGUUUCAAAUUUCUUUUCCCAAUUCUUGUUCUAUUUCUGAUGAGUUUUUCUCAUGGCCGUUCCCUUAAUUCACCUUUUCAUCUUCCACGUUUUCGUUUACGUUAAUUUUCAUACCCUUUGCUUCGUUUCAGCAUCACUUUCUGAUUUCUCAAUUCUCGAUUACAACAACAAUUUCGAUUCCGAUCCAUUGAACGGCGACUACGCACCUCCAUCGCCACCGCCCCCCUCUCCACCACCCCACCCGCCCUCUCUCACGUGCGACGAACUACGUGGCAUCGGGUCACUGAACACUACGUGCGAGCUGAAUUACAACGUGAAUUUCACGCGUGACGUGUACAUUGAAGGAACCGGGAACUUAUUCAUUCUUCAAGGCGUCGUCCUCAGUUGCCCGGUUCCCGGUUGCUCCGUUACGAUUAACAUAACAGGUCAUUUGAAGCUUAACGGUAACGCAAGAAUUAUUGGCGGCUCGGUUUAUAUAGUGGCAGGAAAUGGGAGUUUAAUUAGCCAGUCGGUUAUAAACGUUACCGGGUUAGCUGGUGACCCGCCAGAGCAAUCAAGUGGGACACCUAAGGAUUACCAGGGUGGUGGUGGGGGUCAUGGGGGUAGAGGGGCGAGUUGUGUUAUGGAUAAUAAGAAGCUUCCAGAAGAUGUAUGGGGAGGAGAUACCUAUUCUUGGAAGUCAUUGGAACAACCUUUUAGCUAUGGAAGUAAAGGGCAGAGUACUAAUAAGGACGAUGAUUAUGGAGGGAAUGGGGGUGGGAAGAUAUGGUUGGAGGUGAUGGAUGUUUUGGAUGCAGGAGGAACUCUUUUGGCUGAUGGUGGGGAUGGUGGAAUCAAAGGAGGUGGUGGUUCUGGUGGCAGUAUUUACAUCAAGUCCAAGAAAAUGACAGGAGGCGGCAAAAUAAGUGCUUCUGGCGGCAAUGGAUUUGCUGGAGGAGGUGGUGGAAGAGUUUCUGUUGAAAUCUUUAGCAGGCAUGAUGACUCUGUGUUCUUCGUUCAUGGGGGAAGAAGUUUUGGCUGUCCCACAAAUGCAGGUGCUGCAGGGACAUUCUAUGAUGCUGUUCCUCGAAGACUCGUUGUUAAUAAUCACAACUUGUCAACAGAUACUGAUACACUUCUCUUUGAGUUUCCUAAUCACCCUCUCUGGACAAACGUUUAUAUUCAAGAUCAUGCACGGGCUACUGUUCCUCUACUUUGGAGUCGUAUGCAGGUUCGAGGACAACUUAGUUUAUCGCAUGGUGCCAUUUUGUCCUUUGGGCUUGUACAUUAUGCCUUAUCGGAGUUUGAAUUAUUGGCGGAAGAGCUCUUGAUGAGUGACUCAGUAAUUAAGAUCUAUGGGUCUUUGCGAAUGUCUGUCAAAAUCCACUUGAUGUUGAACUCAAAGAUGCUUAUAGAUGGUGAUGGCGAUGCAAUUGUUGCAACAUCUUUACUUGAAGUGAGCAAUUUAGUGGUGCUAAAGGGAUCCUCUGUGAUACAAUCGAAUGCGAAUUUGGGAGUUCGUGGACAAGGUUCACUGAACUUAACUGGACCUGGAGAUCUUAUUGAAGCGCAACAUUUGGUUUUGUCCCUGUUCUACAGCAUAAAUGUUGGACCUGGGUCUGUUUUGCGUGGUCCCCUUCAAAAUGCAGGUGUUAAUCACACGAAACCAAGACUUUUUUGUGGAAGUGCAGAUUGCCCAAUCGAAUUGAUAUAUCCCCCCGAAGACUGCAAUGUGAAUGCCUCACUAUCUUUUACUCUUCAGGUAUGCCGCGUUGAAGAUGUUUUUGUCGAGGGCGUCUUAGAAGGGUCUGUUGUUCAUUUCCAUUUGGUUAGAACAGUUACUGUAAAACCUACCGGGUCAAUAAGUGCGUCUGGGCUAGGUUGCACUGGAGGGUUGGGCAGUGGUGUGCUCUUACCUAACGGCCUAAGCAGUGGUGCCGGACAUGGUGGAAGGGGUGGUGAUGCAUAUUAUAACGGCAGCUAUAUAAGUGGUGGUAUUUCAUAUGGUGACGCAGGUUUGCCUUGUGAACUUGGUAGCGGAAGUGGUAACCAUAGUUUCUCUAGUUCAACUGCUGGCGGUGGCAUAAUUGUAAUGGGUUCAUUGGAGCAUUCAUUGUCAAGGUUGUCUGUCUAUGGUUCAAUACAAGCCGAUGGAGAAAGCUUUGGCAAGUACAGUAAAGAGGAAGAUAGCAGGGUUCUUUCAAACAUAGGUCCUGGUGGUGGAUCUGGUGGAACAAUUCUUCUUUUUGUUCAGUCUUUGGCCCUUGGUGAUUCUUCUAGUAUAUCAACUAUUGGAGGGCAUGGUAGUCCUAAUGGUGGUGGUGGCGGUGGUGGAAGAAUUCACUUUCAUUGGUCGGGCAUUCCUAUUGGAGAUGAAUACCUGCCUAUAACAAGUGUAAAAGGGACCAUCAAUGUUGGGGGUGGAAUUGGUAUAGGUCUGGGACAAGAUGGAGAAAACGGAACUCUUAGUGGCAAACCUUGCCCAAAGGGACUUUAUGGGAUAUUCUGUCAGGAAUGCCCUAUUGGUACUUAUAAGAAUGUAAGCGGAUCUGAUAGAUCCCUCUGUGUUAAAUGCCCAUCUCAUGAGCUUCCUCAUCGGGCUUUAUAUAUUGCUAUACGAGGUGGUGUCACUGAUACUCCAUGUCCGUACAAGUGCAUUUCUGAUAGAUAUCACAUGCCACGGUGUUAUACAGCACUCGAAGAGUUGAUUUACACCUUUGGUGGACCAUGGUUAUUUGGUUGUCUUCUUUUCAGUCUCCUCAUCCUUCUAGCUCUUGUUCUUAGUGUGGCUCGGAUAAAAUUUGUAAGUGCCGAUGAAUUGCCUGGUCCAGUGGCAGCACGCCGAGGAUCUCCAAUUGAUCGUUCAUUCCCAUUUCUAGAGUCAUUAAAUGAGGUGCUGGAGACAAGUAGAACUGAAGAAUCACAAACGCACGUGCAUAGAAUGUACCUUUUGGGGAAUAACACUUUUAGUGAACCUUGGCAUCUCCCUCAUUCUCCUCCUAAAGCAGUAACAGAAAUUGUAUAUGAAGACGCAUUCAACAGAUUUGUGGAUGAGAUAAAUGAUUUGGCCUCAUAUCAGUGGUGGGAAGGGUCAGUUUAUGGCAUACUUUGCACUUUUGCAUACCCACUUGCAUGGUCAUGGCUGCAGUGGCGCCGGAAGAAGAAAAUACAGCAUCUGCGUGAAUUUGUUCGUUCUGAAUAUGAUCACGCGUGCUUGCGUUCUUGCCGCUCACGUGCACUCUAUGAAGGGCUUAAGGUAGCUGCAACUUCAGAUCUGAUGCUCGCAUAUGUGGACUUUUACCUUGGGGGAGAUGAGAAAAGAGAUGACCUUCCUCCUCGUUUCCAUCAGAGGUUACCAAUGUCUAUACUUUUCGGAGGAGAUGGAUCUUACAUGGCUCCUUUCUCACUUCAAAGUGAUAAUAUUCUGACCAGCCUCAUGAGUCAGUCAGUGCCACCUACAAUCUGGUAUAGAUUAGUCGCCGGUCUAAAUGCUCAACUUCGUUUAGUUCGCCGUGGACAUCUGAGGGCCAAUUUUCAUCCAGUUAUUAGCUGGCUUGAGACUCAUGCUAAUCCCUCUUUACAUGCCCAUGGCUUACGAGUGUAUCUUGCUCGCUUUCAACCUUCAGCCAGUGGUUAUGACCAGUUUGGACUGCUUGUAUGCACCGUUGAAAAUGAAUCAGUGAUGCCAUCGGAAGGCCAGAACAGAUCUUUAUUGCUCGAGAAGCACCCACGUACACCUGCUAAUCGUUGGAGAAAGGCAUUUGAUCUUGUUAGAGUCAAUGAACAUGUGGCGAUGCAGAAAAGAUUACCUGGAGAAAUUUUAAAUGACAAGAACCUACAGGCUCUUAAAGACCAAUUGACUUUUUGCUAUCCUUUCUAUUAUAUAAUUCGUAACACAAGACCAGUUGGUCAUCAGGAUGUUAUUGGUUUGGUCAUCUCAAUACUCCUAUUAGGAGAUUUUAGUCUAGUCUUGCUCACUUUGCUACAGCUGUAUUCAAUCUCAAUGCUAGAUGUGUUUGUGUUUUUGUCUAUUCUUCCCCUUGGUAUACUUCUUCCAUUUCCAGCUGGAAUCAAUGCUUUAUUUAGUCAUGGACCUACCCGAUCAGCAGUUCCUGCCCGUGUCUAUGCUAUGUGGAAUAUCAUUUCAACCAUUAAUGUUGUAGUAGCUUUCAUAUGUGGAUUUGUUCAUUUUCAUAGCCAAUCCUCCACGAAAAGACACCCAAACUUUCAGUCCUGGAAUUUUAGCAUGGACGAUAGUGGUUGGUGGAUGCUGCCUACUGGACUUCUCCUAUUUAAAGUCGCUCAAGCAAAUCUUAUAAAUUAUCAUGUAGCCAAUCUUGAGAUUCAAGAUCGCACACUGUACAGUAACGACCCUGAAGUUUUCUGGAGGUCAUGAAAGAAAACAAGAAAACAAGCUUUCUUUGUCAUUCUUUUAUUUGUUAUAAUCAUUGUGUAUAAUUUUGAAGAGAGAGGUCAACUGAGUAUAGGGGAUAAUACGAGGGUGUUUGAGCAAGCUGUGGGGUGUCUUGAAGUACAUGAAACCAUGUUACUGACUCUUUUGAAGGUGUAACAAACUCCUCCAACUGUGCAGAAACUUCCCCUAAUGCCUAUAAAAGUUGAAUUUUAUGUAUACUUGGAAUAUUAUUCUUCUUAUUGUUGGAACUUUGUGUACUGCA